CUAGAUAUAGUGAAUGCAGGGUCAGGGGAGAGCGGAUAUAGUGAAUGCAGGGUCAGGGGAGAGCGGAUAUAGUGAAUGUAGGGUCCAGGGAGACCAGAUAUAGUGAAUGCAGGGUCCAGGGAGAGAGCGGAUAUAGUGAAUGCGGGGUCCAGGGAGACCAGAUAUAGUGAAUGCAGGGUCCAGGGAGAGCGGAUAUAGUGAAUGCGGGGUCCGGGGAGACGGAUAUAGUGAAUGAGGGUCUGGGGAGAGCGGAUAUAGUGAAUGCAGGGUCUGGGGAGACCGGAUAUAGUGAAUGCAGGGUCCGGGGAGAG